AGUUUACAGCAAUUCACUCUGAGUAUUUCAAAAGAACUGUUACCUGACUAUUAUGGCAUCAAGAAACUUCUUAUAUAUGAGAAGUAACUUUCUCUUUGAUUCAAGAUGUUGGGUGGCCCAGUUUUCAGCAGAAAUUCUCUUUGGAUCAGUUUCAUUUAGGUUUUUUGGUGUGAAAUGUGGUACAAACAAUGAGUCUUUGAAGAAUAAAAAACUAUUGAAUAACUUAAUAACUAUGGGAGUAGAUGUGGACAUGGCAAGGAAACGGCAGCCUGGAGUCUUUCAUAAGACGGGUACCAAUGAGCAAGAUCUGGAAAUGUUUCUCAUGACCAAAGGAGCUAGCAAAGAAGCAAUUGCUAGCAUCAUAUCAAGAUAUCCACGAGCUGUAACUCGCAACCUUGAUAGUCUUUCAAAACGAUGGGAUCUGUGGAGAAGAAUUAUGACAACAGAUCUUGGAAUUAUAAAUAUUUUGGAACGUUCUCCUGAAUCUUUUUUUCGAUCAAAUAACAACUUAAACCUAGAAAAGAACAUAGAGUUCCUUUACUCAGUUGGACUGACUGAAAAAUGCCUUUGUCGAUUAUUGACCAACGCCCCACGUACCUUCUCCAAUAGUCUUAACCUGAAUAAACAGAUGAUCAAACUUUUGCAAGAUAUUUCUUUGUCAUUGGGUAACAAUGAUCACAUAGAUUUCAUCAAAAAGGUCAUUUUUAAAAAUCCAUUUAUCUUAAUUCAGAGCACCAAACGAGUGAAAAAUAACAUUGAGUUUUUACAAUCAACUUUCAACUUGAACAAUGAAGAGCUGCUUGUUCUUAUAUGUGGUCCUGCAGCUGAAAUUCUAGAUCUUUCCAAUGAUUAUGUCAAAAGGAACUAUGAAAAUAUCAAAGAGAAACUCUUUUCUCUUGGAUGUACAGAAGAAAUGGUCCAGAAGUUUGUCUUAAGCUAUCCAGAUAUGAUCUUCUUGGGCGAGAAAAAAUUUAAUGAUAAAGUAGACUUUCUCAUAGAAAAUGAAAUUAGCAUUUUACAAAUAAUUGAUAGUCCUCGAAUUUUGGAUUCAAGUUUAAAUACUUUAAAAAGUCGAAUAAAAGAAUUAGUAAAUGCUGGCUAUAACUUUAGUACAUCAAGCCUUUCUCUUCUGUCAUGGAGUCAAAAAAGAUAUAAAGCUAAAUUGAAAAAGUUAAACAUCGAAUAG